GAUGCGCUCAUCUGACUUAAAUCAUAAUUUGCGAAAGCAAAACUGAGCGCAAAACAGCACAUCAUUCAUUGAGCAAUGGACUAGGCCUAACUACAUUUUCCGAAGAAUGCAUCAUAGCGUAAGGUCUCAUUUUACUUUUAAAAAGUUGCUUUGCUGAUUUGACACCAUGGCUACGUAUUAUCCCGAGGCACCGAUGACACCGACCUACACGGAUGGGAGUUAUUACCAAAGUUGGCCGGGAGAUUCCCGGGGUGCGACUAGCGAAGUGGAGGCGUUUAUUUGGAGAUGCAGACAACAUCAUGACAGAAAUUCCCGAUAUAAAAGUUGUGGCAACCGUGAGAUGGACUCUGCGACCGUGACGACAUUCCUCAACAUGCUGACUGACGUCCACACGCGAUGCCGAGCAAUGGAAGACCAACUCACGGAUCUCCAGAAGCACACGCAACGCGUGACCUCACAGCUGGACUCCAUGGUCACUCAUCAGGGAAAGCAAGCAUCAUCUUCCUCCUCUGCAACCUCCGUCUCCUCAUCAACCGCAAACACCAUGAAGGCCAUACGCAAGCUGCAGUGGAAGAUCUUCGACCUCCAGAGGGAGAACGAGGCGCUCAGAGCACUGUUGGAAAUGCAUAAGACGAAAGAUCAGACGGAGACCGCGACUGAAGGGGAUCAUGACCAGGGAGACACCGAACCACCACCUCAAUCGGCACAAGCAUCAGAAUGGACACGCUCCAGGACUGCAUCCAAGUCACCCCAAAAAGCACCUCCUGCUCAGACGACAGUCAAACUGAGUGCUCCACAAAAUGAUAACCCGUCACAGGAUGCACAAGAAAAGUAUUUGUCAGACUCCAGGGUGGUUAUUUUAAUGAAUCCAGAUGAUGGUCUGACCUGCAUUGGUAAACAUCAACAAGCAAGCACUGCAUCUCAACAGAAUGAUAUUGGAUGUCAACAAGAACGUAAAGACUAUCAACAGCAAACUAGCGGAUAUCCACAAGAAAGUGGUAGAUACCAACAAAGAAGUACAUGUAGUUGGAACCACCCAGAGGAUAGCGUAUCCAGUAAAACAACCUCAAAGGAUGAUCAACAGUGUCAAGAGGACAACAGUGGUUUUACCGACAGAUUCAGUCAACCUCUUGAAAGACAAGAAGCUGAUCAAAGCAGUGGAUGUUCGAAAGAGUUGAAGAUGGAAUCAGCCAAGGGAUCCACGCCUGCCAGGUACCCACACACGAGGUGGACUUCAUCUGACAGAAACAGACCACGAGUGGGUGUGCCACCAGCUCGGCAGGCCUGGAGGUGGACGUCUGCUCAUCCCAGGCUCUUUCCACGCGUGUCCACCAAACCAUCCACACAAACUGGAAUCAGUCCCGGGCCAGAGCCAAGAUACCAAUCCACUCCUAAGAACUUCUCAGUUGACGAUUCAAGGGAUGCAAGCCCACAUUUUAGCCACACAGGUGAGGACGUUGCGAUCUCUUGCACCUCUGAUGAUCCUUGCAUUUGGAGUGAUCCCUGUGAAGAAGCUUUCCAGUACUGUGACAGGUAUCCAUGCACUGGUGAACUGAGUGACUUGAAGCUGAAAGAGUUUAACCUGUUUGCCACGCCAGAAGACAUCCAGCUUGUACAAGGCACCCUAGAGCUGCUGAACUCAAUCAACAAGCUGGAAUACACCAAAGAUUCUAGCGAAUGAAAUCUUUCAC